AUGGGUUUCAACUAUAACAGCCUUCCCUGUCAGAUCUGCUGCGUCACUCCGGCGCUCAACGUCAACGCCACCACUACCGGUCCCGCCGAAAACGCCACGUUCAUCGAUCUCGAACUUGCCCUCAGCACGCCCGUAUUUGCUGAAGCGCCUCCCUCUCGCCCACUCCCGCCGGUCACCGACAAUGGCGAGCUGGUACGGGUAACCUACGCACAGAACCUCAGGCCACCUCGUAGCUUACUCGUGCUGGACAACAACGGACUCACCGAGCUCGUCGAACGUCGUCCCGUCGAUACCUUGCGAGGCUUGCUCGAGUCGGGUGUUGCGGCCAACAGCGCGGCUAUGAUGCAGUUCUUUGGCUCCUUUGGUUCCAUUGAAGCGUGUGAGACCGCACUUGCUAUUGCUGCACACAACUCGCAAGUGGCUGCUCCUCGCGUCACGAUCGGCUCGUCGGGAGGUGUGCCCGCCGGCCUUGCCCAAACGGUAUCCGAAGAGGUGGUUGCACAGGCGUCUCGAGUGUACUUCAGCCAGUACGGCUCAUGGCCUGCAGACACCACCGUCUCUGCUGCGCUGUCUACCCCAAGGACCUCACGCCACGAUGGCCUGGCUCUCUACAUUGCUUGCAUCCUCAAGCGGGUGUGGGACCGCGCCAUCAUGCCUCCGGAGCCUGUGAAGCCAGGAGUUAAGUCUGCAGCCGCUGCAUCCAACAACAGUGCUCUCACCGCCUAUCGCCCUGCAGGCACUGUCACCACUCCAUCUACGGGACCCAAGCUGCCGCUCCGAAAAGAGGACCUCGAAGAGACGCUUCAAGAUCUGAUCCCGCUGCACGACUUCAUGCAGCAGAGCGCAAAGCUGUUUGGUCUUGGCGGCUCCUCUGCUGCCAACCGCAGCUUCGUCAACGGUGUCGGCUACGACCAGGAGAGAGCUGCUAAGCUGGAUCAAGAGAGCUUUAGUCGGUUGAAAGCUCUGGUCUCGAGAGCGACGGAGGCGACCAACUUCAUGCUCUUCCUCAUCGACCAUGGUUUGAAGCCGUUGAUCGAUGCUUGCUCCGCCGAAGCCAAGACGGUCAUCGCAAACCUGCGUUUCGGACAGCUGAUCACCUCGGAAGAGGGAAAGCGGGCCUCCAAGGAGCUCGUCACCGCACUCAUCGAGGCACGCAUCGGUGCCCAGGUGAGCAUCGAUGCUGUAGCCGAUGCACUGCAGGCUCGUUGCGGUAGCUUCUGCUCUGCUGACGACGUGCGACAGUACAAGGCUACCGAAUGUAUCCGGCGAGCCAAAGAGACGCGCUCCGAGCAGGACAAGUUGGAGAACUUGCGCAUGAGCCAGAAGUUGCUCGCUAAGGGUGCCAGCCAGCUCUCGGUGGAAAAGCUGAAGGGCAUUUGCGAAGACUACCGAUCGCUCGGCUAUGCUACAGGCGCCAUCGAGCUGGCGCUACAGUGUGCGGCCGAAUGGGAUCCCGCUGGCUUGGCGGCUUCAUAUUUGGCUGAAGGAAGCCCAGACGGUCCGGAGCACCGAGCACGUCGCGAACUGGCCGGUCGACUCAAACAGGCGUUCCAGCUGGUUUUCGACACGCUGCAGCAACUCGACGAGCGUCUGGAUUCGGCGUACAAUCUCGAAGCCGACGAGGCGCAGGUGCGACUGGCGAUCAGUACGCGGGAUAAGGCUCGCACCGAGGCCUACGCGCGUGCGGAAGCGUCCCAGGAUCCCCUCUUCCACGAAUGCAUGUACGAGUGGCUGAUCGAGCGCAAGAUGACCGAUCAGCUGCUUUCGAUGCGCACGCCAUACUUGGAGGCGUUCCUCGUCAAGCGGCCCACGGGAGCGAAGGCCCACGAUGCGGUGUUCUUGCGUACGCUGCGCAACUUGUUGUGGCAAUUCUAUGUGCGUCACGGUGAGUACUUCGCUGCUGCGCAGGUGUUGGAUGCAUUGGCGCAUUCCAAGGAAUUCGGAUUCGAUCUGCGCGAGCGCAUCGAGAGCCUGGCUCUGGCCGUAGGCAACGCCAAGUCUGUCUCACCGUCGCAUGUGGAAGCCAACGACGUGGUGACGUUCCUGUCGCAGGCGGAGGACUCGCUGGAAGUUGCGCAGAUCCAAGCGCGCGUGUUGCAGUCUCUGCAGCAGAUCGCACCGGUCGAGCUGGACGCGGAACGCUCGGCGCUGCUGGCCGACUCGAUUGAGUGGCUCAACGAAGAAUUGCUGGAUCUGUCGACGCUGUACAAAAACCUCGCUGAGCCGUUUGAGCUGCUUGAGGAGCAGCUGGCCAUGAUCGCGUCGGCCGAACUCAACGAUGUCGGCCUGGUUUCGGAGAUCUGGAUCGCGCUGAUCGGGAAACAGCAUGCGAAGAGUAGGGCGGAUGAGGCGUACAAGGCGAUCUCGGCGUUGGUGGUGGAGCUGUUUACGCGGCUGGACCGGAGCGAGGUGGCGUGUCCGAUUGAUAACGUGUUGGACCUGCUAAUGCGGUAUGGCUUUGAGCAGACGCGGCCGGCGGGGACGCCUAGGGAGGACAGUGUACCCGUAGGCUUUGCGCGACGCACCGAUGGGGACGACGAUGGAUCGGUGGCUAUUCCGGACGGCUGGGCGAGUCAGACGAUGCUCCGAGCGACCGGGGCCCCCGAGCUGAUCCUCGACAUCCUGGAGUCGGCGCUGGCAACGAGUCCUCAGCCGUGGAACAGUGGAGCGGGGCAGGCGUACGUGCAGGCCGAGCUGGUCGAAUUCGCGCGCACAUGGAUCGAGCUGUCGACCACGUCCGGCGCAGGUGCCGCUGCGUCCAAGGCGAGUGCGGCGGGAGGAGCGUUUGGAUUUGCAAGCGAGAUCGCUACGUUGACUGGCGUCCAGGUGCAGAGGCUGUUUGCACUGCUCAACUCGAUCAUCCUCAAGACGUCGCAGUCUGCUGCUUCGGCGUCUACUGCCGAUACCGCCAGGAAGGCUCUCGAUCUGCUCAAGCUUUAUUACUAG